AUGGCCUCUGAACUUCCUCCCAACGCCCUCGGCAAACUGGCCUCAUCCGUCAAGAACAUCGUAACUGGUGUUCCACUAGAGGACCAAAACGAAUCCAAUGCGCCAGCCACCAAGCAAGUCGGCAAGAGCCUCGAUAAGACUGUUGACAAGACCGUCGAGACUACUGACGAUGCCACCAUUCACAAGGAGAAGCAAGCUCCCGUUGUGCACGAAGACGUCAAGUCUCACGAGCAUGAGAGGGUUGAUACUGAAAUCGAUCACGAGGUCCACCAGGACCACUACCAUACCACCAUCCAGCCAGUUAAAGACAAGAAUGUACUGCCCACCAAGCACGUCUACAAGGAGAAUGAAUUCGAGGAGGAGAUCGACCAUCGCAACAAUGAGGCUAAGAUGAAGGCCAAGGAAGAAGCUGCCAAGAUCAAGAACGAGAAGAACGUUGAGGACACUACUCAAUCAAGAGAGUAUGCUCCCACGAAGGAGAAUGAGCACAUUCACCACCAUCUCCAUGAGAACAUCCAGCCCGUGAUCGAGAGAGAAACCGUCCAACAGAAGGUUAUUCACACUACAAAUCGCAUUCACGAGAAGGAGCAACUCAACGACGAGUACCAUGAGGCCACUGUUGCUCCUGCAAUCUCCAUGGAUGAGUUCAAGAACGGUGGUGCCAAGACUGGAACCACUGUCACUAAGGACAUUGAGAUGCCAGUUUCUGGUAUCAAAGCCACAGCAAAGAAGAGGGAAGCUCUCGGAGAUGUUGAUGUCGAGGAAGGUUCCAAAGUUGAAUCAAUCUAG